CACGCCCGGAGGGGAUAGAGGGCAGGAGAAGAAAUGGCCAAGCGCCAGCGCUCGGCGGCGCCGGCGGGGGAGGAGCUGAUCUCGCCGGUGAACGGCCUAGACGACGGCUGCCUCAUGCACAUCUUCAGCUUCCUCACCCCAAUCCCAGGUUCGAUUCGGUCCUAAUCUUAUGCUUCCACACCUUCCUAGGAGGAAUAAUCGAGUGCCAAAUCCGUAACUGCUGGGAACUCAACUUGCUUUCCUAACUCGUUGAGGAAUUGGGGCGGAUGGCGGAGGUGAAGGAGAAUGGGUCAAAAUUAGAUUUUGACCUGUUUUUCGUGGAGAGCAAGAUUGGAUGUUGGGAAGAUCUGCUGAACUGAAUGAUAGGUAUAACACCGCCCUCGUUUGCCACAGAUGGCGCUUCCUUGCAUGUCACCCUCAGCUUUGGUUGCGUGUUGAAAGGCCAAUCAGAGAUGUAAUGGAGCCUGGAGUUUAUCCAAAUCUCGAGGCUGCUGUUUCUGCUGCUAGGCCUGGUGACACCAUUCUUAUUGCUGCUGGUGGUACACAUGUUGCGUGUAAUAUCCAAAUAAAGAAGCCUGUUUGCAUCAUUGGUGGGGGUGAACUUCCUGAUGACACUGUAUUAACCUGCUCGCGUGGCUCUGACAAUGCAUUGGAGUUCCUUUCAACGUGCAAGAUUGCCAAUUUGACUAUUAGGGCGGAACUUGGAUGCUGCCUGCUUCAUCGUAGUGGUAGAUUGACUAUCGAGGAGUGUUUGCUGCAGUGUGAGCAAAACCCUCUGGACUAUCUGUCCUUUCCAAUAAUCAGCACGGCAAUUGAGUAUAACUCAUUUUCAUCACUCAAGGAGCAAGGGCACGGUGUAACUGUUGCUCGCACCCGGAUUGAAGGGGGUGCGAAGGCCGUCAGGACCAAUGGAACGCUGGCAUUACAGCGUGUGCGGGCCAUCUAUUCCCGCAGCUCUGUUUUCUUCUGGUUUGAAGUUGGAGAAAAGUAGAAAUGCCUGUACACUAGCAACAAGCUCUUGCCUAUCAAAAAAGAAGUAAUAAGCUCUUGUAUUCUUGUAUCUCAGUAUCUGUAUCACCUUAGCGUUUGGUAAACUCGUAUGGCUGUCUCCUGUUUGUUGUAACUUAUAAUAACUACAUGAUGUUUGAAUCAACAAGGAACAUGUUGCUAUUUGGAAGUCAA